AUGGAGCCAACAGCCCAGGGACAGACUGAGAAAAGUUUCAGCUACGUCAUCAGAGCUCCCAACAUUGAUGGCUCUGAUGGGAUAAAUGUGGAUGUGAAGAUUGACACCUGCUGGGUGUUCCGAGAUGUGGAGGAGAGUGACAAGGAGCAGGGAUGCCUUCCAGAAACAGCCAGCAGCCUGGACCUGGACACAGGGCUGCUCAGGGAGCAGCUAGAAUCCUCAGAGCAGAAGCUGUUGGCAGCUGUGGACAAGCAUGUGAUAUCAGAGUCAGGGCUGAGGAACAGGGUCCAGGAGCUGGAGCUGUCAGAGAGGAGGCUUCUCUUGAAGGUGGAGCAGCUGAGUGCCUGUGUGGCUCAGGAAAGAAGCACCACACUCCAUGUCCAGGAGCAGCUGCAGGCACUGAAGGGGACACUUUUCAGCCAGGUGCGGGAGGCAGAGAGUGCGGUCAGAAGGCAGCGGCGGUUGCAGGAGCGGCUGCGGCGUAAGGACGAGGCGCUGGCACGGCAGGCGGCGGCCCUGAAGCGUUGCGGGCGGGUGCAGCGGCAGCAGCUGGGCCUGGUGCGGGAGCAAGAGCGUGUUCUGCGGGUGCAGGUGCAGCGGCUGGAGCGCGACGUGCGGCGCCUGGGACGCGCUGCGAGCCUCCUGCUGGCUCAGUUGCAUGCCGCGGACUCGUCGCCUGGUACGGGAAGCGCCCGACCGCAGCUUCCGACCAGUCCCCUGGGUGACCCGGAGGUCGUAGAGCUGAGCGCGCUGCGAGCCAGGGCGGAGCUAUCAGAGCGAGAGCGGGCGAAAGCGGUGCGCAGGCUGCGUGAGCACAGCGCCACCGAGCGGCAGCUGCGGGAGCAGCUGGAGGAACUGCGCUGCUGCGUGUAUGGGAUGACGUUGUCAGAGAUAGGCCUGCACAGCCAAGUGGAGGAACUCGCCCACCAAAACCGGCGCCUGCGGGCCCAGCUGGGGCACGGUAGCCCGGGUGCCUUGGGCUACGCACAGAGUGAUUCUCUGCCUCCUCUAAGGGCAGAGGUGCUGGAUUCCUGCAGCAGCCACGGCUGCCACAGUGAUGUGCUUGGACUUCAGGGCCUGGCAGGUCAGCUCUCAGAAGAGCCCCCUAGUUGCGUUAGAGAUGGACCAGAGCCCCACAUGAUGGUGUCAGCAAGGAUCAGAGACAAGCUUCAGAGAGAUCUGCCAGGGUCUGAGCAUAGACAGGAUGCUCUUGUCCAGUCCCACCUAGAUCCACAGGUUCUUCGGCUGCUGUGUAGCUGUCUCCCAGGGUCAGGCAUGGAUGAGCCACUCUGCUCCUUGGACUUGGCAGGAGUUUCAGAGAAUCUCCAAACGGUUGGAGCCCAAGAACCCCUACUGCUGUUCCCCACGUCCAUGCUGCAGCUCUGGGGACCUGCUGGAGGCCCAGAGCUCUUACUGCCACCUCUGCUCCAGGAGUGUCCUCUACAAGAACUUCAGACCCAAGAAGAGCUGAACAGCACACCCUCGCCUGCACCUGGAGCUUUGGCACACCCUGGCUGCCAUUGUAAUCUGGCAAGGAGCCAUGACACCUCCCUCAGCCAGGAGUCCCCACUCAUUUCCAAUGACCCAUUUCUCACAAAAGGGCUCAAGGAACCAAGAGACACAUGGAAAGAGGGAAGUGGGCCUCCAGUUGGAAGUGCAGAGGAGUGGGGGGUGAUGGGAACCUUGAGUGGGAUAAAGUCAGGGCUUGAUGACAGAUGCCUGCUGCUCCUGCAAGGUGGUGAGAAGCUGUCCUUGGACACUGAGGUCCAUGCCCCAGCAAGCAUGCAGGAAGGGGGCAGGGCUGCAGAUACCCAGGCUGUGGGCCCCUUUCCUUGGCUUCGUUCAGAAUGUCUAAUACUCCCUCUGAGUGGGACAGCCUCUAGGUCACAGGACUGUCCUGAUUCCCUGAGCAAGAGAGAGAGUAUGGAAGGACAUGGCUGGGAACACUUGGUAAAUCUGUCUCCAGAGAAGGAGGAAAAGGCCACCAGCGUCAGGGCUCACGGAUCCCGAGAGCCAAGGACAAAUCGUAGUCAGCUCCCAGCAGGAAAGGGCAAAGAUGUCUGGAGGAGUGCACAGGGCAAACGGGGCCACCAGCUGUGCUUUGGAGUCACUGAGCUCCUACAGAAGGAGAGAUCUGGGGAUGAAAAACAAGAAGAGAUGCAGAUCGGAGUGGCAUCAGACCUGCCUUCUCUGAGCCCUGAGCAGCCUGAGUUCAAAGCCCAUGUGGGUCAGGAAGAGUGCGUACUAAUAGAUGAUCAGGAUUUGCUACAGUUUUCCAGACUGGCCUCAGCAGGUGCCAGCAGUGAAGGUCCUUGCUCACCACAGGCUCUGAUCACAGGACAGGACAGGUAUGCCCUCCAGACAGACACACUGGAGAAGGAGGUGGAGUCAUGCUUCCAACAGCUGACAAACCCGAAGUCUGUGUGUGGAGAUCCCCAGCAGAUGUCAGCAUUGAUGAGAGGGAGCCACGGUGCCAUUCAGAGGUGGUGGGACAUUGAGGAGGGUGUGUGUUUUCAGCAGGCAUUAGCCAGCCAGGAUCUGAAUGCAAAACCCAACAGGAACGAUGAGGAAGUGGGGCUGGACAAGGAUGUGGUCCUAUGCAAUGGAGAAGUUCUUCCAGGAGGAGCACUCAAUGGGGAUAAAGCCAACAGGGGACCUGCAGAACUGGGUGGGAGCCAGCUCCCUACAACAUGGUGUACCCUAAAUAAGUCCGGAAGCCGGUUCCAUCAGCUCCUUGCUAACAUGAAGAAAGAGAGAAGUCAGGUUUUACUUGAUAAUGCCAGGCUUCAGGGAGACCAAGAAGGAUGUCACAAUGAAGGAUGCCCUUGUGAAAAGGGGCACGGAAGAGAAGAGGCCGAGACACUGAGGCUGGAGCAGGCAAACCAAGCUCUGCAGGGAGAGCUGGCCCGCCUCAGGCACGAGCUGGACCAGUGCCUGCAGGCUGUGUCCGAUCUAGAGGAAUGCAAUAGGAAGAAUUACUGCAAGAUUUCUGAGCUGGAAGAGGAGAACGAGAAACUGAAGGGGGACCUGGGUCAGCUGCAUAAGGCCGUGUCUGAAAGUGUCAGGAAAGCCGGGAGCAGGAUCAAACACGUCGCUCUGGAAAACACAGAGCUCAGGGAUCUGAUCUCAGAGCUCGGGUUCAGUUAUAAAGGACUGAUUAAAGACACAGUACUAGGGAUAGAAGACAUGGUCUGGGCUCUGCAGGGGGAAAACAAGCACCUUGUAGGCAGGGUCCAAGGCCUGGAGAGGGAGAUCCUGCAGAUGAGCAGGGAUCCAGGGGAAGAAAAGUGGUACUCCCAGGGCAACUCCAACAUGGCGGGAGACAAGGGACACACUGAAGACAAAGAGGUCCAGGUGACUAUGUUUUCAAGACAACUGAGCACAGGAGCCUGUGGGCCAUCCUGGGCUAAGAUAUCAGAUGCGAUUGAAGGACCAUCCUUAGAAUUAGAAGAUUCCAGAUGCAAGGCUGAUGCUAGUAUGACCUUAUCAGUCUGUGCAGUCACCACAGGGCAUCAGGAAGCACACACCAAUGGGGCAGGGGGAGACAGAGCUUGGCUGCAGAAAGAACAGAAGACACCAUGGUGUUCUGUGCAACAAGGAGAGCCUCAGAGGUCCCAGGGCUACAGCCCCCAGCUCCAAAACUCCAAGGCUGCUGCCUCUGAGGAAGACACCAAACUAUGCAUACAGCGACUCCAUCACCAGGUGCGGACCCUACAGUGCCAGCUCAGGGACCAGGGCUGUGUACUGAGGGAGCUGCAGGCAGCUCGGGAUGAAGCAGUGGGCCUCCAGGAUAAGUUCAAAAGCAAGCUUGAGGAGCUUUGGGAACAGCAGCGUGACGUGCGCCUGGCUUCCAGUCCCCUGAAGGCCAAGCUGGCUUCCCUGGUCCACAAGUGCCAGGAGAGGAACCGCCUGAUUGAGUACCUGCUGCAGGAGCUGCCAAGACAUGAGCCCAAGAACCACCUGCUCUCCGAGCUGGCUCAGAACAUGCUUGAGGAUGUAGCACUGGCUGAGUAUAGUGCCACCUUUCUGACCCCAGGAGCACCAGAGACACUCUGUCACCUGGAUGUGAGCGCCAAGGAGACCUCAGCCAGUGGAGGAGCUCAGGAGUAUCUGUUUAAUUCUGAAACAGACAGUGUCCUUCAAAACCUGUGGGGUAUGGAGUCCCUGUCCCUUCCAGGGGCCAAGUGGUCAUUGCAGACUGCUCCACCAGGUUCCCCAAAGAUCUCAGACCUUACCAAUGGCUUUUCCUGGGAAAUGGAGGACAUGCUUGCUCCAUUGAGGAACAGUGCAAAGUGCUGCCUGAGAAGCCCCAAGCCUUGCUUGAGCCUUGAGUAA